AUGAGACGAUUAGCUCGUUUACUUAUCAGCGUCAGAACACUCAAAAAUAAUAAAACACUUGGUUUAGCUGAGAUUCUCUUACCUAAAAUGUUUAAAAUACUGGUUUUAGCUACAAGAAACAUAGCAGAGUAUGACGUUGAAAAUCGAAGUUUUAAGUCCCCUUCUUUGGCACUUCAGAUGGGAACACUGAUUAAACAUGCAGUAAAUACAGCGUGUUCUAUAGAAAUUCAAAAGGAAAAUCCUCGUAAAAAUUAUAUAGAAAAUUUCAAGGAAUUAAUAAAACUUAUUGAUAAUGACUGGGCAAUUGAGGUUUCGAGCGAAGCAGGACAGAAUUUGGCUUACAAAAAAUUUAACAAACCAACAUUAAUACCUGUGGCGGAAGAUAUCAAGAAACUGGACCAAUAUCUUAAAAAUCUUAUUUCACAAGCCAAACUUGUCUUGGCAGAAAAUGAUCACAAUGAAAAAGCUUAUCGAGAUUUACUGGAAGGGAUAUUUUGCAGUGUCAUGAUUUUUAACAAAAGGCGGGUAGGGGAACUCCAAAGGAUGACCCUGUUAGCCUUUUUAGAAAACCACGAUUCAGUCCCAUCGUCCGAAUUUGAAAAAGUGCUGACAAAUUCCGAGAAAAUUUUAUUUAAAUCACUCAAACGCAUAGUCAUUAGAGGAAAAAGGGGUAGAGGGGUUCCUGUAAUUUUUGAAAAAAUCGCGAUGGAUUCUACACUCUCUUUAGUAAAUCUGAGAAAAAAUUUUGAUCUUGAAAAUAAUCAGUAUCUUUUUGGUUUACCGGGAACAUUAAAUCCAAUUGGAGGACAUACGGUCAUGAGAAAACAUUCAUUACUGGCGCUUGGUGGAAACAAGGCAGCAGGAUCAUUGUUGACUUCCACUAGGUUAAGAAAGCAGUUGGCAACUAUUACUCAGAUUUUUAAAAUGGACAAAAAUGAAUUGGAGCAGCUUGCUUCAUUUAUGGGUCAUAAUGAAAAAACCCAUUCAGAAUUUUAUCGUUUGCCAGACGACGUUUACCAAACCGCUAAAGUGAGCAAGUUAUUAUUACUUUCACAAAACAGUGCGUUAUUUGAAAAGAACAAAGGGAAACCUCUGAGUGAAAUAGAAUUAAAUGAUGAGAUCAUAGACGAAAGUGAUGACAAUUAUUUAGAAGAUAUUUACGAAAAUGUGUUAGAAAAUCAAAACCCGAAUCAAUUGAAAAAUCAGGAUCAGGUUCCUGCCUUUGGUGUAGCAGACAUUCCUAGAGAAAAAAAACGGAAACCCUGGUUUUACCACAGACAGUAUGCUGAAGAGUCCUGCGGUGUCCAGUCGUAG